AUGGCGCAAGCACGGAUGCCGCUCUGGGCGGCCGAGGAUAUGGACGAGGAGUUGCAGGACGUCGAUGUUAACAUCGGCCUCGGGAGCUAUGGCCAGGGCGAGAUGUACGACGAGGCAUCGCAGGCCAGGCUAGCCAGCCAGAUACUUGCGAUGGAACAACAAAAGCUGCUGGCCAACGCAGAGGCAUUCGCGGCGAUCCCCGAUCCUGUCAAACGCUUCAUCGUGCACUUCCACCAAGCGGUGCUGAAGAACAACCUUGCGGAGAUCACGGUCGCGUACGAGUCUGGCUGGAACCGGCUGACCGAAAAGUUCUACGCAAAGACGGAAUGGCCCGACGCCGAUCUCAUCGCCCCACUGGUCAACAACGACCCCUUAUUUUUAAUUCUAUAUAGGGAAUUGUACUACCGCCACAUCUACUCGCGCAUCCAGCCGGACAUCGACGACCGCUUCCACUCGUACGAAAACUCGUGCGAGCUCUUCAACUACCUCCUCAACUCAGACGGCCCCGUGCCGCUCGAGCUCCCCGAACAGUGGCUUUGGGACAUCGUCGACGAGUUUAUAUACCAGUUCCAGAGCUUUUGCGUGUGGAGAAGUAAAGUCAAGAGCAAGAACGACGAGGAGCUGAUGAUCUUGAGCGAUGCGAGCCAGGAGAGCGGCUUGCAGGUCUGGAGCGCGUAUUCGGUGCUGAACGUGCUUUAUUCCUUGAUCCAAAAGUCGAGGAUCAACGAUUAUAUUGCCGCUCAGCAGGCCGGCAAGUCCGAGGACGAGAUCGCCGAGAUCGUAGGCGAGUACGGCGCCAAACCGCUCUACCGUCUCCUCGGCUACUUCUCCAUCAUCGGCCUCCUCCGCGUCCACGUCCUCCUCGGCGACUUCACCCUCGCCCUCAAAGUCAUGGACGGCGUCGAGCUCUCCCAAAAAAACCCCUUCACGCGCGUCACGGCCUGCACCGUCGCGACAUACUACUACGUCGGCUUCUGCUACCUCAUGCUCCGCCGCUACCCCGACGCCAUCCGCACCUUCGUCUCCGUGCUCAACUUCAUACUCCGCAUGCGGCAGUACCACACGCGCUCGUACCAGUACGACCAGAUCAACAAGACGGCGGACAGGAUGUACGCGCUGUUCGCGAUCUGCAGCGCGCUGAGCUCGAGCAGCAGCGCGACGAGCAGGCUGGACGAUAAUAUUGUGGGCGUUGUGAGGGAAAGGUACGGGGAGCAGCUGGGGAAGAUGGGCAGGGGAGAGGAGGGGAUGCCGGCGUUUGAGGAGCUGUUCACGUACGCGUGCCCGAAGUUCAUCGCGGCGAACCCGCCGCCGUAUGAGGACCCCGACGCGCUGGCUGCCUACGUCGAGGACUCGCCUCAAGAGCCCGCGCCGAGGCAUCUCGCACUGUUCCUCGCGGACGUGCGCGCGCAUGCUGCUGUCCCGACUAUGCGGUCUUUCUUGAAGCUAUACACCAGCUUGGACGCGGGGAAGUUGGCGGACAUUUUGGACGCGGACGAGGAGGAGAUGGUGCAGCAGAUGAUGGCCGUUAAGGCUGCUAGCCGGUGUAUAUCGCGCGUAGGCGGUGAUGGAGGGAGCAGUCUGUUGAACGGACAGAUGAUCGUUACGAGCGAUAUGGACUUUGUCAUCAACGAGAACAUGGUGCACGUCGCGGAGAGCACCGUCGGCCGUCGUUUCGCCGGCUGGUUCAUCCGCAACACCGAGCAUGCCGCCCGCGUACUCGACGGUGUGAAGGGCAUGCCGCUCCCGAGUAAGCCCGCCACGCAGGCUCCCGUUGCGCCCGCAGAGUCGGAGAAGCCGACGCCUGCGCCGCCUGUGAAGACGGUUGCGUGGGGAGGCGCGAAGUGA